GGAGCAAGUAAAGAAGACCGCGCGGAGGAAAGCGGGAGACCGCGCAAAGGAAGAAGAAAGCGACAAAAUAAAGAGCGAAGAAAGAAGAAGUAGAAGAAGAAAAAGAAGAAGAAGAAGGAGAGAGGAAGCAGGGGACGUGCGAGGAGGUAGCGCGAGCGGAGGGAAGGGAGGCGCAGCCGCGACGGGAUAGAUUGCUAUAAUUAUCGAUCUUGAAUGAGGAAUGCCUAGUAAGCACGAGUCAUCAGCUCGCGCUGCACACCUCCGUCGCUCCUACCGAUUGAAUGGUCCGGUGAAGUGUUUGGAUCGCGGUGAUCUCGGCCUUGCCGCUGGGGGUGCUGAAGAAAGUUCAUUGAACCUUAUCAUUUAGAGGGAGAAGUGGAAUGAGAAGGAGGAGUAGGAGGAGAAAAGAAGAAGAGAGAAAAGGACUGCGACGAUGACUCCGACGGACUGACGACUCGAACGACGACGACGACGGAGCGGGCGAAUGAGAAAAGUUCGAGCACGCCAGUUGGUUACAGAGCAACAUGAGCCUUCCCUGGAUCCUUCCAGAAGCAACAGCUGUGCCGUACAGUUGAGCCCAGGGAAUCGGUUGAGUCCCUGGGCACACGCAUUCAAAGGCCGACAUGUCACGUAGCGGCCGCACACCAAUGAGAAAGCAGCUCCUGCGCCUCACACAUGCCACGAGCCAAUGAGAUCGCGCUGAACACUUGGAGCCUCGUGGGCUUGGGCUACCUGGACGUGCCGCCUCGUGGGCUUGGGCUACCUGGACGUGCCUAACUGCACGGGGCCCAGACCAGUAUUUGAAGUUGGGCCUGGGCGCAGAUACUUUCGGCCAACCUGAAGCUACUGGGCCCAUACAUGCCAGUCCCAGACCAUCCAGCAACAAGGCUCACUUCCCACAAAGGAAGUGAGCGCCCAGGGGUUGAAUAUGCUGGCUUGAGUGGGCAAUGCAGCCACUCUCUGCAUUAGCGCAUGAAGCAGCUCCGCUAGUGCUGUGGGCCAGACAUGUUCACGGGCGCAGAGGUGAGAAAGGGGGCGUUGCUGUGGCAGCGGGCGCACGACGGUCAAAGCAGGGCUGCUGGGUGCAGGCGCGGUGAUGGCGAUGGUGGUCUCCAGGUAGGAGGCGCAUGCAGUGGGGAGUCAAGGGUGUUGAGGGGAGGUGCAAGACACGUACUUGGUGUAUGCUGGCGGUCUGCAUUGGCGAAUGACGUCACGUACAUCGGACUUCAACUUCGACGUGUUCCUGUUGGAUGAACGUAGAUAGGAUAUAUUGGCUGAGUACUGUAGGCUGGAAGUUGGGUGCCAGACAGUAGGAGCGACAUUGGAAACUAUAUUGGUGAGACCAGAGAGCGUC